AUGGCGCUCUGGCAGCAGUUUUUCCACUGCUCCUACACAGCUUUCAUGGCCUUGAAGAUUUCAGACUAUUCUGGAUGCAGCAUCUGUCCAGCUUGUGCAGCAGGCAUGAGCAGUUCCUGUGUGACACUGGCCGAGGUCCUGUGGGCAAAAGGAAGCCCUUUGGAGGAAGAAGAAAUAUGGGCACUCUUGUAUCUGGCCACAGUGCAGCUACUGGAGGACCUUCACAAAGACCCUGCCAUCCAUGUGAUUUGUCCGUGGUCAGUACUACUGUCUCCUGAAGGAAAUUUGUCCUUCCAAAACAAUGCAUCUCAGAUGGAAGCUGCCCCCUUCAGUGCACCAGAAUUGCUUCACAGACAAAGUACAAACCAGCACAUCGGACUAACAAAGAAGUUGGUGUAUUCCUUAGGAAUGACUCUCUAUUGGUCAGUAGACUUCCAGGUUCCUCCAAACCAGUCCCUCCAGCUGAGUGACCAACUACACAGGCUCUUGUUGACACUAUGUGAAGAUCUGCCACAUAAAAGACUUUCUCCUGAAUCGAUUCUGGAAGCAUGCGAGGCACAUCAGAAGGAAUUUGCUUCCUUACCAGCAAAUGUCUACAUAAAGAAAAUGGUCCAGUUUGCUCUGGGAAGUGUCAGUGAGGUAGAGCAGGUAGUCACUGAAGACAGCACAGCCUCUCAGCUUAACAGAAGUCAUGUGAUAAGGAAAAGACUGCAUGAGAAAAUAUCAGACACCUCACCACUGUCCUCCCAGAUGAAUUUUCACCAAGGGUCCACAUUAAUGAAUUAUAGUCGGUCAACAGAAGAUUACAAAGAUUACAGGCAACUCUCUGUGGAACACAGUGACUCUAAUAGUAUAUCUGAAAGUACAUCUUUAAUACUGUCUAACCGAGGAAACAGAAGAGGGAGAGUUCCACAGACACACAGCUCAUGGGACCCCACCCUUAGUGGGUCAGGGACGCAAAGUAGCUACAAGCUCUUCAUAAACAGGUCAGUCAGCGCUGUAGAAGAAAGCCCUGGUGGAACUCAGAACAACAGCAAACACAACAUCCUAAGUUUAGGUUCCACCUUCUCCAUGUCUACAAAGGACUACACAGCAGCUGCGGCAUCACAGAAAUGUUUGUUCCACAGGAAGGAAAAGUUUUCAGGUCCAGAAUUUAUUAUUUUGUCUAGUGAACCACCAGUGACCUUACAGCUGCCUGGAUCAAUUGUGACUAAAAAAGGGAAAUCAUAUUUGUCCCAAAGGGAUCUCAAUGUGGUUCUACUCAAUGGGCAGUGCCUUGAGGUGCAAUGUGACAUCAAGUCCAAGGCAAGAGAUGUUUUCGACACUGUGGUGGCAUAUGCAAAUUUGGUGGAACAUUUCUACUUUGGCUUGGCUUACCUGAAAGGUAAAGAAUUCUUCUUUUUGGAUGAGGAGACCAAACUCUACAAAGUGGCCCCCGAUGGUUGGAAUGACCAACCCAAGAAGAAAACCUCACUCAUUAAUUUCACACUCUUCCUAAGGAUAAAAUUCUUUGUCAACCACUUUAAUGUUAUCCAGCACAGCCUGACAAGGCAUCAGUUUUACCUACAGCUUCGUAAAGAUAUUUUGGAGGAACGAUUAUAUUGCAAUGAUGAGACUGCCCUGAAACUUGGCGCUUUGGCAUUACAGGCAGAGCUUGGCAAUUAUGCUCCUGAGAUGCAUGGGAAGAGCUAUUUUCGUGUUGAGGACUACAUUCCAGCAAGCCAAAUAGAGAAAAUGACCCUGGCCUACGUACAGAGAGAGCUCGCUAAAUUACAUCACAUGUAUCAUUCCCUCUUUGAGGAUGAAGCUGAACUAGAAUUUCUAAAGGUGACUCAGCAACUUCCUGAAUAUGGUGUGUUAUUCUAUCGUGUGUCCCAAGAGAAGAAAGCAGCAGGAGGGGACAUCAUCCUGGGAAUCUGUGCCAAAGGCCUCAUUGUGUAUGAGGUCAAAAAUCACACAAGAAUUGCCAGUUUAAGAUUCCAGUGGCGUGAAACUGAGAGAAUCUCUGCUCAUAGAAAAAAAUUCACGAUUGAAAGCAGCUUCAGUGGCAAGAAACACACCUUCAUUACCGAUAGAGCAAAGACAUGUAAAUAUCUCCUGGACCUCUGCUCUGCCCAGCACAAAUUCAAUGCACAGAUGAAUUCUAGGCAACUUCGGCAAACUGCAUCAGAGGAAAGUAAAUUCAUGGAAAUAGACAAGUCAAAUUCUACAUAUGCAGGUCAACAUGAACACCUUGCCCUGAUUCAAAGACUGUCUCGUUCAGAGAAUGUGCUCUAUGGAGCACACCUGGAAAACCUUUCUGCUGGGAUGAUGAGCAAAUCUUGUGAUAACCUCAGUGUGGAAACCAACAACAGGAAUAGAGAGAAAAGCAAUCUUGGGAGAUCCACAUCAGGGAUAUCCCAGUCAGAAAUGCACAUCAAUUUGAAUGGAAAGCAAAGGAGCUAUGACUACCUCUCUAUCCACUCAACUCAGAACACAAUCAGUGCACCUGGAUCACCAGCCACCCAAAAGGAACUUUUGCUAAGUGGUCUAGAGAGAGAAAUUAUUUGUGUCAGCCUAAAACGUGACCCUAAGAAUGGAUUUGGUUUUGUAAUUAUUGGAGGAGAAAACGUAGGAAAAUUAGACCUUGGUAUCUUUAUCGCUUCAAUUAUACCUGGGGGACCUGCAGACAGAGCUGGAAAUAUCAAACCAGGAGGACGACUCAUCUCUGUGAAUAAUAUUAGUCUCGAGGGCGUUUCAUUUAACACUGCAGUUAAAAUCAUACAGAAUUCUAGUGAUGAAGUGGAGCUCAUAAUCUCUCAACCCAAAGACAUGUAUGAAGAAGGAACAAAUGAAGAAAAGACUCUCUCAAGAGGAAACAGCACUAGCGGAUCUGAGAUCUCUUGUAUAGACAGUGGGAGAAAAAAGAUUCAGGAUUGUCAUACAGCUCUCCCCAAAGAACAGGACAUAACUAUAGAUGAACUUGAGAAGACACUUUCCUGGAGUUUAGCACCAAAAUUAGGCCCCGUGAUUCCAGCUCCUUCAGCUGACAGCCUGGAUGUGGAGAAAACCGAUUCUUCACACUUACCAUCUCCAUCUGAAACUAACUCAAAGGAAAUCUAUACUGUGGAGCUUGUUAAAGAAGAAGGGACUUUUGGAAUCAGUGUCACUGGUGGAAUUAACACUAGCGUGCGUCACGGUGGGAUAUACGUGAAGUCCAUUAUUCCCCGGGGGCCAGCAGAUAAGGAUGGACAAAUAAAGAUAGGUGAUCGUCUGCUGGAGGUUGAUGGCAUCAGCCUCUGUGGCAUCACCCACAAACAGGCUGUGGAACACCUCAAGAAAUCUGGCCAGAUUGCCAAGCUGGUUCUAGAAAGGGGAAACUACCGAUUGUCUGAGCCAUGCCUGACUGCUAAUGACAGAAAGGAGGACCAAAGGACAGUUGUUUCUGUGGCAACAUCCUUCACAGAUGGUACCAAGGACUACUGCUUUUUAACAGAUGAUAAUACAUUUGAAGUCAAAUUGACAAAGAAUUCUGGAGGCCUCGGCUUUAGUGUUCUGCAAAUGGAAGAAGAUGCUUGUGAACACCUUGGAGGAGCUAUUGUCAGGAUUAAAAGACUGUUUCCAGGGCAGCCAGCUGCAGAGAAUGGUGAAAUUGAAGUUGGAGACAUCAUUUUAGCUGUGAAUGGGAAACCUGUCCAAGGACUCUUGUAUCAGGAUGUCCUGCACUUGUUGAGAGGAGCUCCUCCAGAAGUCACACUACUACUUUGCAGACCACCAAAAGGUGUUCUUCCAGAAAUAGAGCAGAGUGCCAUGACUCCAGCAUCCUCUCUAAUUAAGGACUUUGUGGCAGAAAUGUCAGGCAGUGCAGAAGUAGGAACUAGUAUGGAUCAGUCUAGCAGCGAUGGAGGUAGCACCUCUCCGGACCUCGAAGGCUGCCUGGAUUCUCCAGUGGCAGCAGAUUUCAAUGAGCCUCCUGAGGAGGACAGCAUAACUUACAAAGAGAAACUUAUGACUCCCAGGGAAUGUUUCUAUAAGCAAUUUUCAAAGUUUCAUCAAGAAGCUGCCAAUUCUGAACUCUUCCAAUCCCUAGAAGAAGAAGUGAAGCAGAACUGCUACUCACCAUGUGAAUUUGGAUGGGCCAGAAGCCAUGUAUUUAAUAAGAGUGUUGAUGACCUAUCGAACACAAAAUGCAUGCCUGAAACUCUCUCUCUAACCCCUAUUGAUGAAGAGUAUCUCACUAUCAGCUCAACGUCUCUGACCUCACUUUCACGGGGAGGAAGCCCUGACACACUCUCCACAACCACGGCGACCCCACAACCAUGUGUUUGUUGUCCUUUCUCAUCAUCCCUGCCUGCGAGAGAGACACACGAUAACGACAAUGAAUGGGAAGACUUGGAAGAACUAGAUGAAGAGAAGGAGGAAAAGGAAGAUUGCAUCAGGGAAAUGGAGAUCUUUGUGACUUUGACAAAGUCAGAGAAGAACAGUUAUGGAUUCUCUGUAGUUCUUAGCAAAACUGACAACUGCCUGUAUGUUGAUGAAAUCUUGUAUGAGCCUGCCCUGUCUGAUGGAAGACUAAGAAGGGGAGACAGAAUCAUUACGGUGAAUGGAAUUGAUGUCACAUCUUUACCAUGCAAUGAAGCCCUGACUUUACUGCAAAGCUCUCCUCCUGAUCUGCACCUUGUGGUUUGUCGUGCUGACAGGGAUCCAAGUUCCUCAAUUAGGCCAGAUGAGAUUCCUGAAAUUACUCUCACAAAAGGUGCCAAUGGACAGCUAGGCUUAAAGUUGACAGGAGGACCUGGGAGCAAGUUACAAGGUAUUUAUUUGGUAGAGAUAGUGCCUGGCUCUCCUGCCAGUGUAGAAGGCAGUUUGCAGCCACAAGAUCAGAUUGUUUACAUCUGUGCACUGUGGACUGAGGGAAUUUGCCUGGAUGAUGCAGUGAGAGUGUGUGAAGCUGCAACCCAGAAUGUCCAAAUCAAAGCCGUAAGAAAUGGCAAUCCAGUGGUUCCUAUAGAGCAGAAAAAUAGGCCACCUGCUGAAACAGAAAACGCCAAUAUUUCCCUCUCAAAUGAAAACCUGAAUUCCCGAGAACAGCAUCUGCUGCAUCAACAUGAGAAACCUUUGGAGGAAACAAACUGUGGUACUCAGGAAACCACCCCUGAUUCUCCACAGUGUAAGGACUUCAUUAUUAAGAUUGAACUGGAAAAAGCAGAAAAUGGAAGCCUAGGAUUUGCACUGGUAGGUGGAAGAAACGGCAGAGCUAUCCUAAUAAAAGCCAUCAGUCCAGACAGCAUUGCAGAUCUAGAUGGGAGACUUCAAGUUGGUGACAUUCUACUUAAGGUGAAUGAGACUUUUGUGUCUGGUCUGCCACGCCACACAGUUAUAGAUUUGCUGCGCAAGGCUUAUGGCACGAUUCAACUCACUGUCUGCCGAAGCAUGGCUCUGCACUGGGCUUACUCAGACAAUCAGAGCCACAGCACACCUUCCCCCCCAGACACAAAAGCAGAGUCUGGUAAGCAGCUACAUCUGCUCAGUACACAAUAA